AUGCACCACACAAAAAAACCAGCUAUUGGUCCUACUAUCCUACUAAAAGAAAAUAUUGAGCAACUGAGGAAUAAGAACAUACAAGACAGACUUGUAAUAAAAACACAGGAAGAGGAGAUCAAAAAGCUGAAAAGACUCGUUACCACCAGUUUUGCUAAUAAACAAGAAAAUAUUCAACUUGAAUUAUCGAAAAAGUCAAAAAUGCAAGAUAAAAUGAAAAUCAUGACUUUACAGAUUGAGGAAUUGAAGAUACAAGUUAUAAAUUCAUUGAAAGUAAAAGAGAAGACUGAGCCUUUUGAACCUUAUAGCCAACAAAUUCAAUCAAGGCAAAUAAAGUUUGAUAAGCAAAUCAAAGAACACAAAGCAAAACUAAAAGAAAAAGAUAAGUCUAUUCGAGACCAACAAACAAUGAUUUCCCAAACAAAGAAACAACAUACAUCCCAUUUGUUACAUAUUCAACAAACACAUCGACUCCACAUUCAUCAACUACAAUCUCAACACCAAAAAGAACUUGACAACAUUAGACACAGUAUCCAUCCAAUUGAUUUGGAGGAGAUGAUUUCCAAAUCUCUCGUUGAUUUCGAGCAAGAACAGCAUAACCAUAUAACUUCAAAGCCUUUUGCAUUUGACAGUCAGAAAAUUGAAAAACAAUUGCAUUAUGAAAUCGCAAAUCAACAAUGGUAUUCUAAGAAAUACAUGCCGGUUGAUGCAGUCACAUGGCCAGCCCCUUUUCCCUUGUCUCAUCUUCGAAAAUCUCCAUUGCAGCAAAUUGGAUAA